AUGCUCCUGCCCAUCUGCGCAGCACAGAGCACAGCUCCCCCCUCCACGUAGUCCCACCCAGGCGGGCCGGGAAGGCGGAUCACUUCCCAGCUCCAGCGCUUAUAAAAUCCUGCCGGGGAACGGAUGCUCUGGCAUUAGGCACAGAGAGCAGGGCCUUGGCAAGAGGAGAACCUGCGGGGCUCCUGCUCUUCCCGGUGGCUGGGAUCCUUGGGAAUGCAGGCAGCAUCAAACACAGAGCACUAAAUAUUGCUGCUCAGGGGAAGGGGCUCUUCCUGGAGCGGCACCAGCAGAAAAGGGCUCUUCUGAGCACUCCCUAGAGAACCUGCUGGACUUGUAUCGUCAGAAAAGGGUUUUUCUGAGCAUCCCCCAGAGAACCUCCUGGCCAGCAGCAUGGAGCUGAGGUCGGGUGAGCCAUCAGGGAAGGUAAAAGAAAGGGAGGAGAGAGGAAAGAGAGCCCACAGAGACUCCUCCCGAGAUGUGCUGGAAUGGAGGGAGUCCUUUGACCAGCUCCUCAAGAGCAAAAGUGGGGUAAAUGCCUUCCACACCUUCCUGAAGACUGAAUUCAGCGAGGAGAACCUCGACUUCUGGCUGGCAUGCGAGGACUUCAAAAAGACCCGGUCGAAAACCAAGCUGGCCUCCAAAGCCAACAGGAUCUUCGAGGAGUUUGUCCAAAGUGAGGCGCCCAGGGAGGUGAACAUCGACCACGAAACCAGGGAGAUCACCCGCAAGAACCUCUCGGGGGCCACCUCCGCCUGCUUCAACGAGGCCCAGGCCAAGACGCGCACGCUGAUGGAGAAGGACUCCUACCCCCGCUUCCUGAAAUCCGCCUCCUACCAGGACAUGAGCAAGCAGGCCGCCAGCCGCGGUGCCAGCAAGCGCUCGCACACCUGAGCCCAGCCGCGAGGCGCGGCGGGGGGACCAGCCAGGGCAGGGUGGGACGCGGUUUGAGGGGGCUGAGCCCGCCAGCCGCGGGGUUUCGGCUGAAGUUCUGGAAUUUUAGCAGGAUCCCCAGCACCUGGAGCCGGAGUUCCUCCCCGGGUGGGGAGCCCGGAGCCUCCCCUCGCAGCUCGGCCGGAGACCCGCGCCGCCGCCGCCGCGGACGCGGAAAGAAAUGAUUUUGAGCUGCGGGUCCAGGGAAAAAUGGGAUUCCCCUGAGCAUCCACAACCGAAGAGCUCCCACCUGCUCUCGGACCUGGCGGGGCCAGCACAGGAGACUUCCAUUCCCACUCGCAGGGAACGGCCGGGAUAAAAGCCCCGAAACUACGUGGCGUUUUCAGCUGGAUCCUUCUCCUGAGCCCAAGAUCCUCCAGCUGUGUCCUAUGCAUGCUCUGCAUCGAAGCUUUCCACCUCCUUCCAAGUGCAGCGGUGUUUUCAUCCCUCGCUUGAGCUCCACGACCUCCAGAUCGCACCUAAUCUUAGGUCACGUGCUCGACCUUUCAUUCCUAUUAUCGUUAUUUAUUUCAUCGUUGUUGUUAUUAUUAUUAUACCUGUAUUUAUCAGAGGAGCACUGCUGAAAGCACACACACGCAUGUCCCUUGCUCUCAGGAGCUUGUAAAUUAAAUUAUUUUAGCUGCU